CCUUCCGAAGCCUCUCUGAGCUGCCGGCCGCUCGCCAGCCCCUCUGCCUGCUCCCUGCUCCGGCCUCGCCGUCCCACGCCGCCACCAUGAGCCAGUCCUACUCCUCCAGCCAGCGGGUCUCUUCCUACCGCCGCACCUUCGGUGGUGCCUCUCCGGUCUUCUCCCGCGCCUCCUUUGGGGGCAAGGGCAGCAGCGGCAGCUCUGUCACCUCCCGUGUCUACCAGGUGUCCCGUACCUCGGCCGUUCCCAGUCUGUCCAGCUUCCGCACCACCCGUGUGACGCCCCUGCGCUCCUACCAAAGUGCUUACCAAGGUGCUGGAGAGCUGCUGGACUUCAGCCUGGCUGAUGCCAUGAACCAGGAGUUCCUCCAGACCCGCACCAACGAGAAGGUGGAGCUGCAAGAGCUCAAUGACCGCUUCGCUAACUAUAUCGAGAAGGUGCGCUUCCUGGAGCAGCAGAAUGCCCUCAUGGUGGCCGAGGUCAACCGGCUGCGGGGCAAGGAGCCCACCCGCGUGGCUGAGAUGUACGAGGAGGAGCUGCGGGAGCUCCGGCGCCAGGUGGACUUGCUCACCAGCCAGCGGGCCCGUGUUGAGGUUGAGCGUGACAACCUGCUCGAUGACCUGCAGAAGCUCAAGCAGAGGCUGCAAGAAGAGAUCCAGCUGAAGGAGGAGGCUGAGAACAACCUGGCUGCUUUCAGAGCUGAUGUGGACGCAGCCACACUGGCACGCAUUGACCUGGAAAGACGCAUUGAGUCCCUGCAGGAGGAGAUUGCCUUCCUCAAGAAGGUUCACGAAGAGGAAAUCCGGGAGCUACAGGCUCAGCUGCAGGAGCAGCACAUCCAGGUGGAGAUGGAUAUCUCCAAGCCCGACCUGACGGCAGCACUGCGGGACAUCCGUGCCCAGUACGAGAGCAUCGCUGCCAAGAACAUCGCCGAGGCUGAGGAGUGGUACAAGUCCAAGGUGUCUGACCUGACACAGGCAGCCAACAAGAACAAUGAUGCACUGCGGCAGGCGAAACAGGAGAUGCUGGAGUACCGGCACCAGAUCCAGUCCUACACCUGCGAGAUCGAUGCCCUCAAGGGCACGAACGACUCGCUGAUGCGCCAGAUGCGGGAGAUGGAGGAACGCUUUGCGGGGGAGGCUGGUGGGUACCAGGACACCAUUGCCCGGCUGGAGGAGGAGAUUCGGCACCUGAAGGAUGAGAUGGCCCGGCAUCUGCGUGAGUACCAGGACCUGCUCAAUGUCAAGAUGGCUCUGGAUGUGGAGAUUGCCACAUACCGCAAGCUGCUGGAAGGAGAGGAGAACCGGAUCAGCAUCCCCAUGCACCAGACCUUCGCCUCUGCACUCAAUUUCCGAGAGACCAGCCCAGAGCAGCGUGGCUCUGAGGUGCACACCAAGAAGACAGUGAUGAUCAAAACCAUUGAAACCCGUGACGGAGAGGUGGUGAGCGAGGCGACCCAGCAGCAGCAUGAAGUGCUGUAGAGGAGGCUGCUCCAGCAGCCCACUGGCACCUUCUGUCCCUGCCUCCGUUCUGCCGCCAAGCCCCCCUCUUGCCCCCCACCUCGCCUGCCGGUGCUCCCCCGGCACUGCCUGAGGGGUCCCCGCUGCGCAGCCGCCUCCAGGCCCUCUGCGCCCCCCGGACUCUCUCCUUCGGCUUCAAAAGGCUAGCUCUGCUUUUGCAGCUUUGCAGCAGCAAUGCCAGUGUCAGGAUCAGGCCCGGGCCGGGGGGGGGCAGCAGGAGGGAGGGAGGGGGCAGGCAGGAGGGGCUGGGGGGAGCAGGUGGUAGCCUUAGCUAGCUCCCUGGAGAGUGGGACAGUCCCAGCAGCAGGUUCUGGAUCCCCCUGUAGCCCCCUCCCUGUGCCAGAAAUGGGAUUGGGGUUUGUCUCAUGGGAGCAGGAACUUGUCCCCCCAUGCUGGCCUUCCUGGAGCUGGCACUUCUCCGGGUGCAUGGUGGCAAUGCCAGGGAUGGGGAGAAGUGGGGUCCGGGCCGAGCCCCCCAUUGUCUGCCCAGCUCGGAGCCAGGGUGCUCCCAACCUGCAUCCCUCUCCCAACCCGGGGGGACUGUGGCUUUGUGCUCCCCCCAGCCUGAGAGGCAGCCUCAUGGGGCAGAGGAGGGCAGCGCCCACCUCCCUCAUUGCGGGGACCCCCAGCAGCAGGAGGCUGUGCGGGGCCAGGCUUGUGAGCCGAGAGGGUACCUGUAGGUGGACAUAGGAGAGAGGAGGAGUGACUGAGUGGGAGAGAGGGGGGAGAGAAGGAGAGGAGCCGGAGAGAGGCCUGGGGGCCAGGGCAGGCACCCCCACCCCUCGCCCCACUGCACCCCCACCCCACCACGUCUAUGUGACUCUUCAGGCGGCUGAAAUAAACAGCGGAGCAUCA